UUGUUGUCAGAUGCCGAGUAACGAUCUUUGAGAGAAAUUCAUAUUACAAUGAAACAUUGCCCCUGCAGUUGAGUUUGCCUACAAUUCAAAUAUGCCUGAACCGCCGGAAUCUCAUCUUAAAGAAAAAGUUCAAAAAUUGGAGCGUCUAUUGAGGGCCAGAGAAGAAAGGAUUGUAGCUCUAGAGACCGAAAAUGCUAUGCUUUACCUUAAACUCGCAGAGUGUCAAGGAACGGUGCGGUCCUCAAGAUUUGAAUCAAAUCAUUUUAGAAGGCUAUUUGAAUUUGAAGAAGGUUUUCGAAAAAAUAUCACCAAAUCCCAUAAAGUACUCUUCAAAGAAGUUCAGACUUUGAAAGCAAGCUUAGAAAAACUACGUUCAUUUGUGAAAGAAUUACCUAAACACUUUGCUGAAGAUCUUAAGAAAGCACAAGACUUGACCCAUAAGUAUGGCUCAGAGGGGAUGUCAAACUUAGAAGAAAUGCAAACCAAGUUGAUGCAGGCAGAAUUAAAGUUGGAUGAUGCUCUACUGAAAGCCGCAACUGAAAAGAACAGAAGAAUGACCUUGCAUAAUACGUUAGUGGAAAUCCGUGGCAAUAUUCGUGUACAUUGCCGUAUCCGUCCUCUCAUUGUUGGUAUAGACUCCUCAGAUGAAGCAUCUCUUGGGAAAGGUGGAACUCCAUCAGAGCAAGUAGUGAACUAUGUUGAUGAAGAGACCUUGUCAUAUGUGUCUAUCAAGUCUAAUGGCGAGCGGGUUAUGAGCCAAAAAGAAUUUGAACAUGUUUAUAAUGUAAAAGACAACCAAGGAACUGUAUUUUCAGAUGUCAAACCUCUGUUGACUUCCCUGUUAGAUGGUUAUAAUGUUUGCAUCAUGGCAUAUGGUCAAACUGGGUCAGGAAAAACACAUACCAUGUUGGGUAGUCAUGAUGUGGACAUUGAUAUUGACUCCCAGGAACUCAACAAAGAUGAAGGGAUCAUACCAAGGGCUGCAAAGGAGAUUUUCAGCCUUAUAGCAGAGAGAGAAACAAAGACAGACAGCCAUUCAGUUGAGAUGUCAGUUUGUGAAAUCUAUAAUAAUGAAGUGCGGGACUUACUGGCACCAAACAAGACAGAGAAGCUUAAUAUCAUUACAAGUAGUGAUGGUGACACGGAUAUACCAUCUCUAGUGACUAAACCCGUGAAGAACUUUGGUGAAGUAAUGAACCUGGUGUAUUAUGGGAUGACGCGACGACAUGAAGAUGCCACGAUGGUGCAUGCGCACUCCAGCCGUUCUCAUCUUAUUGUCCAGCUACAGGUAUAUUCCAUGAAUCAACAGGCCACAGCAUCACGUGUAGGAACGCCCAGUUCAGAGGCUGCGCCAUCACCUCCAGGAACUCCGACAAGAUCACGAAGAAACUUACCUCAGCCGACUAAUAAUCGAUCUGGUAGGUCGCAGUCCCCUGCUCCUAAGACGUUUACGCGGCGUGGACGAUCAAAGUCACCUGCUCCUGGUAGUGCAGCAGCUAGAUCCAGGUCCCCAUCUCCUUCAAGGUCAAGCACAGGAACUCCACCGCCAAUUUGUACAACAGUCAAGACUAAGCUUCAGUUGGUAGACCUGGCUGGAAGCGAGUGUGUAGGUUUGUCUGGCGUGACGGGAGCAGCGUUACGCGAAACGUCAUUCAUCAAUAAGAGUUUAAGUGCUUUGGCUGAUGUACUUGGUGCUCUUGCUGAACAUCGAUCACAUAUACCAUACAGAAACACAAGACUUACACAUAUGUUACAGGAUACAAUAGGUGGAAACGCUAAACUGCUGGUCAUGUUGUGCGUAUCGCCGGCUCAGAAGUACAUCACCGAAACUCUGCAGUGUAUUGGUUUCGGGUCACGUGCCCGUCAAGUCGCGCGUGGUCCCGCCAAGAAACGACGUCCAACUUCGUUUGUUCCGAACAGCAGUCUCUCGAUAGAUUUAAGCCAGGUUAACGCUGCAUUGCGUGGUGGUGGUAAUGGCAAUCUUUCACCAAGGUUUGACCCAACACGAAGAAGAGGUUCAAGAAAUUUUGCCUUCCCUGAGUGAACCAGAAAGACGUAACUCUGGGGCUAUGGACUUUUAGUUUAGCAGUGUAUUUAAAUGUAAUUUUAGUUGAAGAGCGAACAAUUUUUGCAGUAUUAUCCAUUGUAAAUAUAAUUAUUCAGAAUUAUCAAAUCAUAUUUAAAAACGAUUUUAUAUCCUGUAAAAUYUUCCUUGAAAAACAAAUU